AUGGAGUGCGAUAGAUCCUUACCCUUUCUGGAUGUAAAGUUAAGAGUGAAACCAGAUGGAACCCUGGCACACUCCGUGUACAGGAAGCCCACACACACUGACAGGUACCUACAAGCAUCUUCCCACCAUCAUCCGAGGCAUCUACAAUCCGUGGUCACAUCUCUGGUUAACAGAGCACGAGACUUAUGUGACGCGGAACACAUAGAUAAUGAGUUAGCCCAUGUUCAGGAAGCGCUAAGGAAAAAUGGGUACUUGCAGAAAAUCCCACGCACGACUAGAAAAAAAGAAAGACAUCCGGAGGUUAGUAGGCAACCAGCCUUUUUGCCGUAUGUGAAAGGGAUAACGGACAAAGUUGGAUCAGUACUGAAGAAAUUCUCCAUUAAGACUGUAUACACGCCGUUAUCUAAAGUAGCAAGUCUUUUACGCAGCCCAAAGGAUGUCAUUCCGUACCAGAAUCCGGGUGUCUACAAGAUAGAAUGCAGUUGUGGAAGUGCGUACAUUGGCCAAACUAAGCGCAGCGUUCAAGAGAGGGUGAAGGAACACAUAGCAGCUGUUAAAAAUCGCCAUAUUCACACCGCCAAAUCUCCAGAAUAG